CGGCCACUUCCUGUAAAGCUAUAGGGUGGGACAAGCGGAAGCUGGGAUUGCGGUGCUGGUAUUUUUCUCUUGCCGAGCAGUUGCUCUGAUAUUUAUCACUCAACAUGCCGGCGUAUCACUCAAACCUGAUGAGCCCUGACACUAGGCUGGUGGGGAAUAUGGCUUUGCUUCCCCUCAAAACCCAGUUCAAGGGACCAGCCAGAGGAGACGGUAUUGAGUCAGACAUCAUCGAUGAGGCUAUCUACUACUUCAAGGCCAAUGUUUUCUUCAAGAACUAUGAAAUCAAGAACGAGGCGGACAGGACGCUGAUCUAUGUCACACUGUACAUUUCUGAAUGCCUGAAGAGGCUACAGAAGUGCAGCUCCAGGGGCCAGGGAGAGAAGGAGAUGUACACUCUGGGCAUCACUAACUUCCCCAUUCCUGGAGACCCUGGCUUCCCUCUCAAUGCUAUGUAUAUUAAACCUUCCAACAAGCAAGAGGAAGAAACUAUGAGGGCAUACCUGCAGCAGAUCCGCCAGGAGACCGGCUUGAGGCUAUGUGAUCGCGUGUUUGACCCCCAAACAGACAAACCCAGCAAGUGGUGGGUUUGCUUCGUCAAAAGGCAGUUCAUGAACAAAAGUCUGUCAGCUCCUGGACAGUAAACGACUCAGGAUUCAGUUUCUAUUCUAUACCUGCAAGAUGGAUGGGCGGAUGACUUUUUCUUUUGGGUAGGGGGUGGGGGGGGGCUUGCUUCAGUGUUGCUAAGAUGAUUUUUAUACUCUUUGAGUUCAAGGAUAUGUCUUCACUUGUCUGGAUGUUGACCAAAUUGAGCUGGUGCUUAAUUCAAUAAACAAUUAUGGAGAUUGGAAAAUAACUUUGUACUCUUGUUCUUAUUGCACAUCACACUAAAAACACAGCACAUAUUCAGUGAGUUGAGAUUACUUGCAGACAAAUCUGUUAAUUUAAGAUUAAGACAAAGUCUACAGUCAAAGUGUAGAAACAUUUCAUCAAUCUCUCAAACAUGUCCAUGAUGAGGUUUAUUACUUGUUUUCACAAUGUAAAAUUCAUUGACUUACAAAGUGGGUGCCACUGCAUACAUACUAAAAUUACUCCCACAACUAAGCAUUAAAAUUGCUACAAUUACCGUUUAGCUAAAGAGAGUCACGUGAUCGGCAGAUCAUUUUGUGGUAGCUUUAGCACAGCAGAUAUUUUGACUUGUCAUAAUAGAAAAAGCAAAGGUGUUACUAAUAACAUUAGCAAUGGCUCUGUUGUUUUCAAGUUUCCCUGUAAAGCAUGACAGCGACACUGCAUGCAUAAUACCAGGACCCUGAAACAGGAGCAGCUCAGUGGAAUUCAGUCAUCAUCAUUCAUUUGAUCAUUUACACCUCUGCUUUCCCUUCAGUGACAUGUUCAACUGUUGUCUGUGAAAAAGGCCUAAUUGAAGCGCUACUGUACAAUAUCAACACACCGCCUCACCCACAGGCAAGGCCAAUGCAUUUUCCCUGUACAUAUGCAACAUUUUC